UUUUUUUUUGGGUGUCCCUCUCUUCCUCUGAGAUUGGGUUGAGGGUUGUCGUUGGAACGUACGUCCUCCCAGGCUUAGCCUGUGUAAGGCCAGAGAGGCCUGCCUAGCUACAGCCAUGGGUUCCGUUGCUAUGGAACCGGAGGACAUAGCAACCUACGCCGCCACCCAUUCAAUUCCGCUCAAGAAUUUCACCACCAUUUGUACGUCGGUGACCAUGAUACAUUCCAUGGGCUUUUUCUAUCAUAAUAAUCCCCUGCUUUAUUCAGCCCCUCUUCUUCUCAUGCAAUUCUCUCUCGCCACUGGUGUUAUCCUCCUCACCUAUCUCCUUCUCAAGCCUCUCGGCCAACCUAUCAUCGUCGCGCAAGUCUUAGGGGGUAUAAUACUAGGUCCUUCGAUUCUAGGCCGGAUUGAUGCAUUUAUCGAUAGUUUUUUUCCUCUCAGAAGUUUCAUACUGCUGGAUGUUAUUUCCUCUUUUGGAUUCAUGUUCUACUUCUUCCUCAUCGGAGUGCAAACCGAUCCCUCCAUCGUCAAGAAGGUCGACAGAAAGACAUUUGCCAUUGGGUUUGUGACAGUGGCCAUCCCUUGUCUAUUGACUCAAGGAUGGUCUGCUCUCUUGAAAACCCACGUCAAUUUGGAGACGAACCUCGCCAAUUCACUUCCGGCUGUGGCUCUAGCAGAGUCUAUGCUGACCUUCCCAACCAUCGCUUUCUUUCUGCACGAGCUGAAGAUCAUCAACUCUGACUUUGGGAGGGUGGCAAUGUCUUCUUCCAUUGUGAGCGGCUUGUGCAGCUUCUGUGUGAUGACAAUCUCUAUUGUGGCCAAGAUAUCGUCCGGAAAUGAUACAUACAACGUACUAUCAGUAGUGGCCACCGGUGCUGUGGUUGCGCUUGUCAUCGUUUUGGUCAUUUGGCCCGUACUCAAAUGGAUGAUGCGGAGGUCGAGCCCAGUGGGACAGCCAAUGAAGGAAAGUCACGUGGUUCAUCUACUUCUUGGGGUCAUGGUGACUGGCCUUUUCAGUCAUGCCACAGGUUUACACACAUACUUUGGACCUUUCAUUCUUGGGUUGACGAUACCAGCAGGGCCACCAGUCGGGUCUGCUCUCGUGGAGAAGCUCGACCUCAUCAUCUCCUGGGUCUUUAUGCCCAUCUUCUACGCCAAAAAUGGUUUGGUUAUGGAUCUCUGCGCCCUUCGACUCAAGAAUUAUACCAUCUUGCAAUCCACUGCCCUCGUUGGUGCAUUUGGCAAGUUUAUGGGAGCUUUUCUGACUUCACUCUUGUGCACCAAAAUGCCAAUCACGGAUGCUAUCUCGCUUGGCCUUGUCCUGAAUGCCCAAGGCUUUCUCGAGCUUGGCUUGUUUAAAAUGCUCAAGAGUACUAUGGCGAUAGAUAAUGAAGCAUUUGUUGUCAUGUGUACAUCCAUGAUACUUAUAACAGGGGGUAUCACGCCCAUUAUAAAACGCCUCUACGAUCCUUCAAAGAGGUACAUGGUUUACAAGAGAAGAACAGUGAUGCAUGCCCGACCAAACUCCCAGCUUCCGGUACUCGUCGGCAUACACGACCAAGAAGAUGUUGAACCCACAAUCAACCUCCUUCAGGCUUUAUACCCCACCGAAAGAAGCCCUCUUGCCAUCUAUCUCCUCCAUCUCAUCGAGCUUGUCGGCCGGGCAAACCCUCUGCUCAUCCCCCACAAGCUCACAAGAAGGCCCUCCUCAAAGGCCAGUCCCUCGGAACCAGUUGUCAAUGCCUUUAGAAAGUACGAGCAAAGGAACGAGAGUCUUGUCACAGUUCACCCCUUUACCGCUAUAUCUCCUUGUGCCACAAUGCACGAUGAUGUGUGCACAAUUGCACUUGAUAAAAAGACUUCCCUCAUUAUAGUUCCUUUCUACAAGAGAUUCCAUGCCAGAAAACAGAGGAUGAUCAACAAAAAUGUACUUGAGAAAGCACCUUGCUCUGUCGCAAUCCUUGUUCACCAUGGUGGGCUCUUCGACAGCAGUUUCAACAGCCGUUCAGGGGCAAUGACGUUGACAUGCCAGAACGAGUCUUGCUAUAAUGUUGCUAUUCUCUUCUUGGGCGGAGCUGAUGACCGAGAGGCACUGGCGUUCGGGGCACGAAUGGCUGCCCAUCCAAACAUCAACCUGACCUUAGUUCGGCUUCUUGUAGAUGGAAGCAUAACAAAUACUAGUGAGGAUGUGGAGGACAACAGGCUUGACUGUGAGGUGUUGAGUGAGUUCAGGGAAGGCAUGGCAGACAACUAUCGGGUCAUGUACAUAGAAGAGCUGGUGAUGGAUGGUUCAGGGACAAUGGCAGUGAUCCGUUCCAUGGAAAAUAACUAUGAACUAGUAAUAGCAGGAAGAAAUCAAGAUAAAAGGUCACUGGUCCUGUCAGGGUUUAUGGAUGAGAAUGAGCAGAGUGAGUUGGGAGCAAUCGGGGAGGUGUUAGCCACAGCAGAUUUCAUGGGCAAAAGCAGAAUUCUGGUGGUGCAACAACACACCAAAGUGGUGAAUGACGACAAUGAGAAUCAUAGAGAAAAAUUUAGGGAGCAAAGCAUGACAAUCGAUGAUGUUGAGGAUUGGCAAAUUCAAAAAAGAUGAGAUAUGCAUUACGCACAAUUAUAUUUUAAA